AUUCACUAGUAAGCCACCCCCCAGCGCCGUUUUGCUUUGCCCCUUAUAUUUUUAUUUUUUUGGGGCCUUUUUUCCCAAGUCUUCUCUUCUCUAUAAACCCGCCUACCUUUUGCAACCCUCUUUUAACUCUCAUCAUCUAUGGCUUCCUCACCCGAAGAAAAUCGCCGACGGCCGAUCGACGACGACGACGACGAGACCGAACCCGACGAAGACGUCGAUUACGAAGAAAUCGUGGAAGAAGACGAAGAUGAAGAUGAAGAAGAAGAAGUACAGCCCAAGCCAGUUACCGAAGAAUCUCGAAUGCGUUCCGAUAGGGUUAAAAUGGAGAGUUUAUUCCGGCGGCUAUCGUCAGAGCGAGUACCUUUACGAGUCCACGAUGUGAUUAUUAAAGGCAAUACUAAGACUAAAGAAUCACUCAUCGAAGCUGAGGUAGAAGCCCUAAAAAAUGCCACAACUGUUCAGGAGCUGCUUAAGGCGGCUAGUAUUGCUAAUGCGAGACUUCAACAGUUCGAUAUUUUCGAUUCCGUUAAUAUUACUCUUGAUUCCGGCCCACCGGAGCUGCCUGGGACUACUAAUGUGGUUGUUGAGGUUGUGGAAAGUGAAAAUCCACUUACCGGAAGUGUUGGAGUUUUUUCCAAGCCUGAGGCUAGAGCUUGGUCGCUUGAAGGUUCAUUGAAGCUGAAAAACUUGUUAGGUUAUGGGGAUAUAUGGGAUGGGUCUUUGGCUUAUGGCUGGGACCUGACUUCAGAGGUUAGUGCUGGUGUGUCUCUACCCAGAUUCAAAAGAUUGAUCACCCCUGUGACAGCUCGAUUAUCUCUUCUUUCUCAAGAUUGGCUGAAGUUCUCCUCUUACAAAGAACGAGCUUUGGGACUUUCUCUUGGCCUACUGUCAUCCAGAAGGCAUGAUUUGGCAUACAGUCUCUCUUGGCGAGCCUUGACUGACCCAUCACAAAUGUCAUCGAGAGCAGUGAGGAGACAGCUUGGACAUAGUUUAAUUUCAGCUCUAAAGUAUACAUUUAAAAUUGAUAGGAGAAACUCUCCUCUGAGACCAACCCGAGGAUAUGCCUUUCUUUCGUCUUCUCAAAUUGGUGGCCUCCUACCAGAUCACCGGGGGUUACGCUUUCUCCGUCAGGAGUUGGACUUCCGCUAUGCUUUACCUCUGGGAUUUUAUAAUGCUGCUCUCAACAUUGGAAUUUCUGCUGGUGUAACUGUCCCAUGGGGGAGUGGGUCCUUAAGUCUGCCUACCUUUUUACCUGAGAAAUUUUUUCUGGGUGGUAAUUCCUCUCCAGUUUGUGCACUUGGGGGGCCAUCAUCUUUAUUGGGCUUCAAGACCAGGGGAUUGGGACCUGCUGAACCUAGAAGGCAAGUUGUAGAGAAUUCCAGUGAUGAGAGCUAUGAUGCAGCUUCUGCAAUGGAUUUUGUGGGAGGAGAUCUCGCUGUUACUGCUUUUGCAGACCUUUCUUUUGAUCUACCAUUGCGGGUAUUGAGAGAAGCUGGGAUUCAUGGCCAUGCUUUUGCUUGUACCGGAAGCCUGAACAAAUUAACAGAAAAUGCGUAUAAAGAUUUGUCUUUACAGAAAUUCCAAGAAUCAUUCCGAGCUUCAGCUGGAUUUGGUGUCAUUGUACCGACCAAGCUCUUCCGAAUGGAGGUAAGUAAUCCAUGUUAAGAUCUGCUUGUGGAUUUUCCUUCUUCGCUGUGAAAUUUGUUCCCUUGUCCAUUAUGCACAUACAAGCUACAUGUCUUUUUUGCUGUUGCACAAUUCAAAACACGGGAGUUUCCACUUCUGGGGGUAAAGAACAAAAGUGAGACUCAAUUCUGACCCCCUGAUAAAUAAUAUGGUGUCUUUGGACAGGUCAUCCUGGUAAAAGAUGGGUGGAGGAGAGGGCAGAGAGUGAGGUUCUGGAGGAGUGAGGGGGUUUGGGAGAGGAAUGUUGUCAAGAAUGUUCCUAGAAGAAUUUUCUUGAAAGACAUUGCUCAGUGAUGCACCUCAACCAUUGAAGCAAAUAAUCUGUUGGGAAAAGAUUGAAUUAAUAGUUUGGUUAGGCUAGUCUUUCUGCUAUGUGGAGCCUAUGAUGGCUUGCUAUCUUGACUUAGGAAAUAAGAAUAGAAAUUAAAGAAACUGUUUCUUUUUUUAACCUUUAUCAUGGGUUCGAACAAAAGCAUGGUACUUAAGUGGAGAAGGGUAGAGGGCUGAGCUCCCGUGCGCCAUAGGCCCUCGGGGAUCUUUCAGUUA